UUUGAGAGCACUCGGAAAUUUUCAAGUGUCCAUAGAAAAUCCUAUUGUCAUUUCAAACCAAAUUGAAGUACCCACAACAAUGUCAGACUUGGAGAUUGAACAGCAGCCGGAUCCGGCACACUUGGCUGCGGUGAUGACACCUCGACGACGCCGUCACAGUGCUCGCCGUGGAGUCGGCCCCACAUCACAGGAUGCCAAGGUGUCCAAGGCACCGACGUCGGCAUCGCCCUCGCGCGGCUGUCCGCUGGCACACGGCACCAAAGACAAUUGGACCUGGAGCAAUCGCAAUCGCUCCAACGAGGUGGUGCUGAGCGGCCCCAACUUUCGCACCGUUCACUUUCAUCCCAACUGGAGCAAGGGCACUGCCGGAGUCCAGGGCAAGCGUCCCCUGAACAACGGACGCUACUACUGGGAGCUGCAUGUCUCGCAGCGGGUCUUCGGCACCUCGAUCAUGUUUGGAAUUGGAACGCGGUCGGCUCGGCUACAUGCCAACGCCUUCCGCAAUAUGCUGGGCGAGAACGAGCACGGAUGGGGACUCUCCCACAAGGGCGUGCUCUGGCACAACGGCGUGGCCCUGCUGUACACGAAACGCUUCCGCGAAAAUCAUUCCACACAGAUUGGCGUGCUUUUCGAUGGUAUUGAGGGCACGCUGACUUACUAUAAGGAUGGAAAGUGUCUGGGCGUGGCCUUCAGGGGAUUGGAUAAGAUUGAGGAGCCCCUCUAUCCCAUCGUCUGCUCAACAGCCGCCAAAACGGAGAUGACUCUGAAGAGUGCUCGGCGUGAGUUUGUCAAUCUGCAGGACCGUUGUCGGGCCGUGAUUAUGCGGCGAGUCCGCAGUUCCUCACAACUGGAAAAGCUCAAGCUUCCGCUGCCUAUCCGUGCCUACCUGACUGAAGUCAUCGACGACAAAGAGCCGCUGCGUCAGGUCGACAACUACGAUAUACUCUGUGAUUUCUAGAGUUUGGAACAUCCGCAUCGGAGCUCAUAACAAACCGAUCCGUUGCGGACCACAUCUUAGGAGGGGGUUUAUCGAGAGAAGGAAAUGGAACAGCCCAUUCCCAAUAAUUUUUAAGCUACGACCCGUGAAACUUUUGUUGUGCCAUCAAGUGGAUCCAAAAAGAAACAGAAG